AUGUUGAUGUUGAAUACAGAGGUUUUGAUGGACGGGACUCUGUUGGCAUCAGUCAUUACUUUGGGCUCAUCCCUCGACUACACGACUUCAAAAUCAUCACUAAAAUUUCUUCUACCCCUGGCAGAUCCUGCUCAGGCUUUAAAUGUUCCCCUUAUUCCAUUGGGAGCGUUGCUUGCUGCAGCUUACCCUCUUGCAGUCCGUCCUCUCCUUAUAUUUUGUCUUGGUUGA